AUGGGGGACGCUUCAUCCCCAAACGAACUUGAAAGUGAUGUGUACAUCAAUCAAAAGAUCUUCCAAUCAUCGGCCAUUACUCCUGCUACUCGUGACUUUAACCUGAGGCUGCAGGAACUCGAGUCCCGCGGGCAAAAGUGGUACGAGGUCGGCGCAGCAGAGUAUCGGAGGCUGCGAAAGGCUGGACUGACUCCGUUGCCGGGAGCGACGUUGCUACCAUCGGCCACUGCUUUCUCCGUUCCCUCUCGCGAUGACAAUCGCUCCAUCCCUUGUCGAGUUCUAAUGCCCGAGCAUGAUUCAGCGCCCCAAGGGAUAUUUAUGCACAUCCAUGGCGGUGGAUGGGUCCUUAACGAUGAGACCUCAUCUGAUCUCUAUCUCCAAAAAGUCGCCAACGCCGGCAGUUUGGUUUGCCUCUCGGUCGGAUACAGACUGGCUCCAGAACAUCCUUUCCCAGCAGGACCACAGGACUGCUUCGACGUGGCCACCUGGUUGAUCGAUCACGGAGAGGAAGAGUUUGGCACAAGCCUCAAGUUCGUCGGCGGUGAGAGCGCAGGAGCGAAUCUGGCGCUUCUGGCCGCUUUGGACUUGUUACGCUCGCCCAACUCGACGUAUUCUUCCGUCAGGCUGAAGGGUGUGUUGCUACAUUACGGUGCCUACUCGCUACAAUGGCACGCGAGCACGAGACACUUCAAAAAGCAGCCAAGCUUGAUCUUGGACGAGGACCUGCUGAACCAUUUCCGCGCUGCCUAUCUUCCCAGCACGGGUUCCGAAGAUUGGUCGGCUCCUGAAAUAUCUCCCUUUUACGCCGACUUGAGCAAUCUGGAUCUUCCCCCGGCAUUCAUCAGCUGCGGGACGGAGGAUUGCCUGCUCGAGGAUUCGGUGUUUAUGGGAGUACGAUGGAUGAUUGCAGGGGGCGAGGCAGUGGUAAAGUGCUACCCAGGAAGCCCGCAUGGAUUUAUUCUGUUCUCCGAAGAAGUUCACGACAACACCCGAAUCGCCAUGUCUCAUCUGGCGACAUUCAUCAACUCAAAAUGUGCUUGA